AAUUCCUUUUCUGUGAAACAAGAAGAGAGUUCAGAGCUUGGGGCUGGGGGAAGAAAACGGAGACCAACGGGCUGCACCGUUACAAAACCCAUGGGAGGGUGUGUGGGCUCUCACCAUGACUCUUCGGGCAGUUUAAACGAAAAUUCAGAUGGAACUGGAGUUGCUUUGGGUCGUAAUCAGCCCCUUAAGAAAGAAAAGCCAAAAUGGAAGAGUGAUUACCCCAUGACAGACGGACAACUUCGCAGCAAGCGGGAUGAAUUCUGGGACACUGCACCUGCUUUUGAGGGGCGCAAAGAGAUUUGGGAUGCCCUCAAGGCUGCUGCCCAUGCUUUUGAAAGCAGUGACCAAGAACUGGCACAGGCCAUUAUUGAUGGUGCGAAUAUAACUUUACCACACGGUGCCCUUACUGAAUGCUAUGAUGAACUGGGCAACAGAUACCAGCUGCCAGUCUACUGUCUGGCUCCUCCCAUCAAUAUGAUUGAAGAGAAGAGUGACCUGGAGAUACUGGACAUCCCUGACCCACCCCCCAACUCUGGGCACGAGUGCCAGCUCCGCCUGCGUCUGUCCACGGGCAAGGACCUCAAACUGUCUGUUCGCAGCACGGACUCCGUCCACCACAUGAAGCGACGGCUGCACUCUGAGGAGGGGGUUGAGCCUGGCAGCCAGCGGUGGUUCUUUUCUGGCCGGCCUCUGACAGAUAAAAUGAAACUCGACGAACUGAAAAUCUCCAAGGACUAUGUAGUGCAGGUGAUCGUCAGCCAGCCUCUGCAGAGCCCAACACCUGUGGAAAACUGAAAAAAAAAUAGUAACUUCCUCUUUUAAUACAAGCCUUUUUUUUCUUGUCUUAUCUCUUAUUUUUUUUUCUACUUUUUGGUUUUUCUCUUUUUUUCCUGCACACUAAUUUGUACAAAUAUAUAAAUCAUCCUCCAUCUGUGAUGGAAAUAAAAGGCAAAUUGGUGCUGGCCCAUGUCAAC